AUGGCUUCCUUCGCCGCCAGGUCUGUCCUCCGCUCCACCGCGGCUCGAGCCACCGUCGGCUCGAGGCUCGCUUCCGCCGCCAGACCCAAACCAGCCUCCUCGCCUUUUCGCAUCCCCAAACUAAACCAAAGCUCCACCCCUCCUCGCAUUUUCAGGUCGCCUGUGGAGUUGAGCUGCUGUGUGGAGACGAUGCUUCCGUACCACACAGCCACUGCCUCUGCAUUGCUCACUUCGAUGCUCUCUGUCUCUCAGCGCUCCUACGGUUGGACCCCUGAAGUUGUGAUAUCUGGGAUGUUGGAGCCAAUAGGCAAGCUAAUUGUGAUAAGCAAGGCCAACUUUUGCAUUGUAGUUUUUCUUAUUUUCUAUUUCAUCCCUGAAGUGAAGUCGGGGGUCCUUUAG